UAGAUGUGUUACUUUACGGGCGGGAGCACUAAGUAGAUAAGCAUGGUGCUGACGGGCGCUGAUUGGCUACUAUAGAGGAAAUGCGGAAGUGGCUUUAAGUUGGAUGUCUUGCUUUCCCUUUAACUGUCUACACAACUCGCAGAAUGCCGUCAAGGUACAACACCUGCAAGUGCAUAGUCCCAGGCUGCAAACCAUCGAAAUCAGUCAGUUUCCAUUAUUUUCCAAAAGACUACGUCGUAUUCAGAAAAUGGGUGGAAUUUGCCUCCUUAAACGAAAAUGACGUCCUGAACAGCACUCGGAUGUGCGAGUCUCAUUUCAGCAAGGAAUGCUUUCGACCACGUACUAAAAAAAAUAGAUUGUGGGUUGGAGCGGUUCCCACGAUUUAUCCCGGAGAAAGCUCAAGCAGAACCAAGGUGUCACCUGAUGUUUGCCGAACGGACGACAAUAAUCAACACAGCCCAAACCAAGAAGUACCAGACCCGUGCAUGAAUUCUACUUUCGUUACGGAGGACAGUGAGCCGAAACAUGAUGCAGAAACAAUGGAUGUUAUCGGGUCAAAAGAAGCAGAAGUGAAGGAGGUCAAGGAGUCAACAGAAGCAUUGAGGGACAUCAAGGAGUCGAAAGAAGCAGUGAGGGACGUCAAGGAUUCAACAAAAGCAGUGAGGGACGUCAAGGAUUCAACAAAAGCAGUGAGGGACGUCAAGGAUUCAACAAAAGCAGUGAGGGACGUCAAGGAUUCAACAAAAGCAGUGAGGGACGCCAAGGAGUCAACAAAAGCAGUGAGGGACGCCAAGGAGUCAACAAAAGCAGUGAGGGACGCCAAGGAGUCAACAAAAGCAGUGAGGGACGCCAAGGAGUCAACAAAAGCAGUGAGGGACGCCAAGGAGUCAAAAGAAGCAGUGAGGGAUGCCAAGGAGUCAAAAGAGGCAGUGAGGGACGCCAAGGAGUCAAAAGAGGCAGUGAGGGACGCCAAGGAGUCAAAAGAGGCAGUGAGGGACACCAAGGAGUCAAAAGAGGCAGUGAGGAACAUUAAGGAGUCAAAAGUGGCAGUGAGGAACAUCAAGGAGUCAAAAGAGGCAGUGAGGGACGCCAAGGAGUCAAAAGAGGCAGUGAGGGACGUCAAGGAGUCAAAAAAGGCAGUGAGGGACGCCAAGGAGUCAAAAGAGGCAGUGAGGGACGUCAAGGAGUCAAAAAAGGCAGUGAGGGACGUCAAGGAGUCUAAAAAGCCAGUGAGGGACGCCAAGGAGUCAAAAAAGGCAGUGAGGGACGCCAAGGAGUCAAAAGAGGCAGUGAGGAACAUCAAGGAGUCAAAAGAGGCAGUUAGGGACGCCAAGGAGUCAGACGAAGCAUUGAGGGACAUCCGGGAGUCAAACAAAGCAGUGGGGAAUCUCCAGGAGUCAAAGGAAGCAGUAAGGGAUGUCCUUGAGUCAAAGGAUGUUUCAAGGUCCAUCGUGCGGGAUGGAAGGAAUUUAGAGUCAAAGGAAUUUGAAUCAAAAGAGGCCAAUGUAAACAUGAAUGAGCCCCAGGGGACUGUUAGGGGGGUUAAAGAGCCAGUGGAGGUAAAGGGAGCCGCAACAGAACUUAAGAGGCAGACUUCGUCUUCUGGUGGCCGGGGGCGGGAUAGAGACCGAUCAGAGUCCGACAGCCUUCUCCAGCACCUCCAGUGCUCCUACUGCAUGUUGCAGUGUAAGAGUCACUGCAGCUAUUUCAUCCACAUGGCUAAGUUCCACCCCAGCCGUCUGGAUGACACUCCUGUAGGCCGCCUGGGGAACGCCAUCUUCUAUCAGCGCACAGCACGACUGUUCCACUGCAAUGUGUGUUUCCACACAGUCCGUGAGUUCCCUCGCCUCUACGACCACCUGCUCACCAGACACUGCCUGUCUGACAAGGGUCAGGGAGGGGGAGGAGAAGAGGGGGAGGAGGGAUGUGAGGAGGGAGAUGGAGAUGGUGACGGAGAGAGAUGCAGCAUCAGGGACGGUGGGCCGCUAAAAAACUGCCGUCUUCUUCCCAGGGAGUCCAUGGCAGUAGAUGAGGAAAAUGGUGGACCGAAGAAAGAGAAGGAAGAAUGCAUUAAAGGAGAAGAGGAGAUGGAAGUAGGUGAGGACCAUGAUGAGUCCUCCCAGCUGGCCAGCCGGCCCCUGAAACGCAAGAGAGGCUCAACAGCGAGCAGCGAGAAAGAUGAGCAGGACGAAGAGGAGGAGGAACUUCAAACCGCCAACAGCAACAAGAAGAGUGACAAACACAAGAAGGAAGAGGAGGCCUUCCUGUCCAAAUAUAUACAGCGGCAGGGGGGGCGCUUCAACUGCCGUCUGUGCGGCUGGCGCACCAAGAUGAAGGGACGCGCCAUCUACCACGUGAGCUACAAACACGAUGUGCCCAAACCCUACUCUUGCAAGGAGUGCAGCAAAGUUUUCAUCUUGGAAUCUUCAAUGCUCAACCACAUUUACCACAACCACCGACAGGGCAUGUAUCACUGCCUCUUCUGUCCUUUCAGUUCUGACGUGGUUUGGGGCAUAAAACGUCAUGGCAAUCGCUGCAACGCACGGAGUGAGGAGGGAGAGGAGGAGGAAGUCAGUGAUGGGGACGAGUGAUUUGGUUAACGAUUUGUAAUGGGUAACCAGAACGAGUUCUUUGAUAGCCAGGCUUAGAUUUGAGGAUUUCUACAAUCUACAGUCAGCUAUGUUUCACUAAUAGAGGUGUGGAUUCUUAGUGUGUGUAAUUUCAGUACGGUCUUGUACUGUCCUUCCUAUUUCAUGAUGUACAUACAGUAGAAAUAGGAUGUAAUCUCCCCCUUUCAAAAUGUUUACCUUUUGUUGCCUUACAACCUGAAACAAAAACGCCUGAAAUCAGACUUUUUCCAGUAACCCACAAUAUCCAAGUGAAAAUAUAUUAUAAAAAAACUCAGAACAUGAAUUAAAAUGUUAACAGUAUAAUACCCUAUUUGGAUAAGUGAACACCCCUGAGUUAAUACUUAAGGGGCGGGGGGGGGGGUACACCUUACUUGAUUAAUAGGCUUGUGUUUCUUUGAAUACGUUUCUACUAAAUUUCCACACCCAUACUGCAAUAUUUGUCCAUUCUUCCUUGCAGAAUUGUUCAAGUUCAGUCAAAUGUUAUGGAGCUCAGUCACAGAUGGAAGCCGAUUAGCUUGAUGUGUGAUCUGGAAGGUGGUUGAUUUUACCUCAGCAAGUUUGCAAUUGCCAUUUUAAGGGUGGGGGGCACUUUUCACUUAUCCAAAUAUAGCCUUUUACUGUUUUCAUUUUAAUUACUUUUCAGAGUUUUUUUAUUUCUUAUUUUUAUUUUUGGAUAUUGUGGGUUGCUAUGUGUAAAUGAAAAGUUGAACAUUUUGAAAAGGUGUGUUUACAUUCUACAAUAUACCCACUUUUUUUUUUUUUCUGAUAUUCUUCUGUGGAGCAGUUGGUACAAAAGUUAUGUUAUUUAUGUUGUAGACUCGAAAUAUCUUUAUGUACCUGCAUAUUGUUGAAUAAUGAAACUAACAACUGAAACAUAACUAUGUGAAGCACGUGUUAUCUCUUGGAAAUAAAACAAUCUCAACUUUUA